AUGAACUCAAUUGUACCUCUCACUGGUAUCACAUUCUCGAUCAUCAUAAUCAGAAUGGGUCUAGGCAUAUCUACUGAAGCCUUCACGGCCCGGUCGUCCGCAAUCAGAGCAAGCGAUGGCACCACUCACCGCUACGCUGACUCUUCUUUGGUGUUUGCAUCUCCUCCGCCAGUCCCCGCUGAAGAUGAAAGCUCGAACUCGUUUUCUAGGAAGUGA